CUUAAAUUUUUAAAAUCUAUUGACAAGCUGGUGAGCAGCAUGUGCAACUUGCAACAGUAUGGAGGCACAUGCUGUUACCCUUAAGAUAUUUCUAGUCUAUAUGUUUCUUCACCUUGGAGAGAAAGAAGGUUUUGGCAUUUUAGCUCCCACCGACCUGUUGGUGUAAUAAGAAGUAGAUAGACUUCUAUUGAUCUGGUCAGUGUGUGCAUUCAGUCGAGGUCAAAGCUUUUAUACGGUGCUUUACGUGCCUAAUGUCUGUGUCUUCUUGUCAGUCCAACCAUUUAUUGCCUGUUUUCUGUCCUUUCUUCUGUUGUUUCUCUCAUUCAUUGCCUCUCUCUCUUUCUUUCUCUUUCCAGAACAAAUCAACAAUGUCCAGAGAAGUCAUCCAAGUCAUCAUCUGCAGGCAGCUGGCCACAAACUGAGAAAAGCUUUGACUGCAAUGUCCAAGUGGAAGUAGAUAAACUAGUGAGGAGGUCAUUAAUGGAGGAGCGUUGACAGUUUAUAGCCUUAUUGGACAUUGAAUUCCUAUCUGCUACUUCCACAGACAAACUCUUUCACGCUGCUCCCCAAACACACAAAUUCAUUUGGGUAAACAAAAGCUGGAACGAUUACGGCUUUCUGUUGGAUAUAAUCUUGCUGACGCUGGCUGAUGUCACUGCUUGCCUCCAUCCCCUUCAGCUCCUCUGGGGGCUGAGCCAACCUGCAGAGGAGCAUGGGCAGAAGGGUGGCUGACCCAACCAAUCCGGUGCCUGCACUGGGAGUUCCCCUGGCGGGGGGGCGAUGGGGCCCACUGUGCAGUGUCGGGGUGCAGACAUCUCCCAGACUGCGGACUCUCCCCUCCAUCAAACGACACAGCAGUCAACCAACCAACACACAUCGGCCGCUCACCAUGGCAACAGACAAAACAACGGCAGUGGAGACAGGGGGAGUUAUCAGAAGUGACAGCAAUAGUCUGCCGGUGUCCAAGGAGACAUCUCAGAACGAGAUCAACAGCCUGACACAGGACGACAUGGGGUCACAGGGGUCAGGCAGUGGAGUUUACUGCCAGAUCAAAACCAUACGGACAAACCCCAACGACGCAAGAGGUAAAAGGACAGCUCGGUAUACAAAUGGCAGCGUGGUAGCCUCGGAUGUGGUGGGAGGGGUUUGCAGCGAGGCCACAGAGGGGAAGGAGCCGGCCCAAGAGAGGAGGCGGGUUCAGUCCUUACGAGGUGAGGGUCAUCGCUCAGUGUUAAAGACGGGCAGUGUUUGUACGACUGUGCACGCCACCCCGCCUCGGCCGUGUCGAAUAAUGGCGACGUCCCCACCUCGACUUUGUGGAACAUGUGGGAGGAGACGAUCGCAGAUGACACCGUGCACAGGUGCAUGUCGCAGGAGGGCAGUCAAUCAAAUAACAGCGAGCCAGACUUUACCUAAUCCGCCACGGAAACCAUCUGUAGCGACAAACCCAUCCAGAAAAGGCUCCGCUGCCCUGAACUCUCACAGCAAAAACACAGACACAGCCAACACACAACAGCACACAUCAGUAAAGACCUCUCAAAUACCACAGCUGUCACACACUAUACCGAAAACACACAGUUCACAUUCGAACCACACGGCGCACACUCAGAACAAAGCAAGAGACUCAAAGCAGCCGACAAGGCCACAUUCUGCAGACUUCAGUCAUUACAAGGACUCAGCCACGCAAACAACGGACACACACAACAACUCAGAUAGGACCACUGCUAGCACACAUUCACAACAAACUCACACACCAACUGCAGAGGUGACAGAACCACAUUCAGCUGACAAACACAGUCGUGAUCUGGCUCAUACCCAGCACGCUGAUGAACCUGCACACUCAUCAGUCAACUCAAAGCCUCCAACUCCUUCCUCUCACAGUGACUUAAAAUCUAGCAGCACGCCACCUCUUCCACCCAAAAACUCCCCUAAAUCCACUCUUUCCAAACCAGCCACACCUGUAGCGCAAACCAAAAACCAGGAGACCACAGAUAUUUCCAAACAAUCCUCAGAACGGAUCAAACUCAAGGACUACCCGAAACAGAAGAGCAAAUCAUUCGACGACCACACCCUGCCUUGUAAGACUCAUCUGAAAGCACAAUGUAACGGGGCUCCGGGAGGGCUGCUAGACGGACACGCAGUGAAUGCACCACGUGGGCUGGAGAGGCAGCUGCAGAGUGUGGAGGAGAACCUACUAUCCAAUCAGGAGAAGAUCAAGGUGCUUCUCAACGUGAUUCAAGACCUGGAGAAGAGCAAGGCCUUCAGCGAAGGUCGCAGCUCAUACAGAACUGGUCAGGACAUAAACAACUGUCCCACCUGCCAAAAGACAGCCUGCAUCAUCUACAGUGUGGAGCAUGAUUUUCGGCAGCAGGAGGGACGCUUCCAGGGGGUUAUGGAGGCCCUUGAGGGGGAAUAUGAUGUGCCUGCAUCGACUCUGACCAAGCCCACGCCAGCUCCUUCUUCCUCCAGUCGUCCCAGCACCAAGGCACGUGUCAAGAAACUGCGCAAGAAGUGUUUCUGGUGGCUCUAAGCUUUGCAUAAGCCACAAUAGCCUCUCUUGGUGACAAGUGCAUACAGGUGUGGAUUAUAUUUCAGGGGACCCAAAAUGUUCAAGAGUAAAGCAUCUCAUGUGGGUGCACAGCGUGCUUAGUGUUACUAAAUUCAGAGGGUCCAUUUUUCCGAGCGGCAUCCCAGUAUAUGGCACAUUUUCCACCACAACCCAUCCUGAGCUCUGAUAAAAUAUACUGGUGAGCAGGUAGAAAGAAAGGAAACGCACUAAGGAAAGAAAAGAGGACCAAAGGAGCUGCUGAUUUUUUUUCUCAGAGCCACCCGGGAGGGAGUCUGAGAAAGAUCAUCCCUUUUCUUUCUCUGUGGGAGCCAGUCUUUGGCGAUAAAAUUGUGAUCAGCUUUUGACUGAAAGUGAGGACAUUGUGUUUCCAGAACAAAUCUGUAACAGGCAGAUGAAGCGUUGACACUUUGGAUAUCAGACAGGUGUACUGUUCACUUGGCUCAGUUGCUGUCUAGACAGAUGGACAGAUGUGUGAGCUGGAAGUGAACCUUCACAGCAAUUCUGGCUUCAUUACAGCAAUAAGCAGGGGAACCUUGAUCGAAUCUUCCUUGAAAAUCCAAGGAAUUUAACAACAAAUUGGAAUACUGUGUCUCUGGAUGGCUUAACAGCUGAAAUAUGAAUGUAGCAACAGCUGGAGCACAAGAGGGAUAUUGGUGGAAAAACAAGCUGAUGAGCUUCUGGAAACAUGGAGAUUGCUCACUCGAUCAUCAGAAUUUUGGAGAGCAAAGUGGAGAUUGUACUUAGACUACAUUAAGAGACAAUGUGAUAGGCAGCUGAUGAAAGACUGACAGUCUGUGUCAGACAAUUAAGAAUUCUGUCAAUGCUGACUGACAGAGUGAUUGAUUCUCUCCUUUAUUACCGUCCAAAAUGGAAAUGUUUCGCUGUAAGCUCAAUCUUGUUUCAAGGAUUUUCACACAAACGUGCAAACAAAUACGUGCACAAAGAGGCAUACACUUGCAGGCACUGCUUUACACAUAUAGUAGACUCACUGAAACACAAGCAACCACCAUAACCCACAUGCAAACAUGCUUAUAGUACACAUUCAGUACAUUUGUGAACCAGUGCAAACUAGGGGUA